AUGAGGAUAGCCAGCCUGGUCCUCGGUCUCCAGGCGGGCCUCGCCAUCGCCACCGUUCCUGGAUCGCCUGCAGCAGACUAUCAGAAUCCCAUCCUUCCACCACACAUCCCUCAAGGGAAUGACAGACCGAGUCCGAUAGCACUGAAGCAUGAAUUUAAACUACGUCAUAUCUUUCACCGCGGUACCUACGAGCAACCGGACCUACAUCUCAGGCUAGACGUGACACCGGACACAAAGCUAUCGAUCCUAUCCGAAGAUGAAUAUCUACCGCAACCCGUUGAUGAAUUAGAACCCGGAUUAUUUGCCUUAUCCAAUGGCCUGACGAUAGAAAGAUUGGCGGACCGCCGGCCGUCCUUGAUCGAGAGCUACCUAGCACAUGCAAGGUCAUCCGGUGCCGCCAUUAUACUGUCCGACGAUUCCUGGAUAACGGAAGAGAUUGAUGGGCCUAAUAUGACCGAUAAGCAGACUGUCUUGACGUUUGCUAAGAUGACUGCAAAUGAUUACAUCGAAGAACCCGGCUCUGGCGAUUGGAACGAGAUCAGCGGUCGAUUUAAUUGGUCGGCGAGCUUUGGAUGGCAGCGAGAUGGACUUAGGGGUCAUGUGUACACCGAUGAGACAAACAGUACCGUUGUCAUAUCUCUGAAGGGUACUUCACCGGCUCUGUUUGACGGAGCUGAGACGACUACCAAUGAUAAAGUAAACGACAACCUAUAUUUCAGUUGUUGCUGCGGCCAAGGAGGCUCUUAUUUAACACGCCAAGUCUGUGAUUGCUCUACGGAUGUGUUUACUGCCAAUGUGACUUGCAUCACUGAGGCCAUGCAAGACGAGAGCCGGUACUAUCGCGCGGCGAUUGAGCUCUAUACCAAUGCUACUGAGCUCUAUCCGAAUUCGAGUGUUUGGCUUACUGGUCACUCACUGGGAGGGGCGAUGAGUGGUUUACUUGGCCUUACAUUUGGUCUUCCAACCGUAGCAUUUGAGGCGAUUCCUGAUGCACUACCUGCGGCAAGGCUGGGAUUGCCCACGCCACCCGGAUAUGAUCCUCAACUGCCUCAGAAGCGGAGGAACACUGGUCUCUUCCAUGUCGGCCAUACUGCCGAUCCUAUAUACAUGGGUUCAUGUAAUGGUGUGGGUGCUACUUGCACCUGGUUUGGAUAUGCCUUGGAAUCUGCAUGUCACGCUGGGAAUAUGUGCGUAUACGACACCGUUGAGGACAAAGGUUGGAGAGUGGGUAUUGGCACCCAUCGCAUCAAAAGCGUGAUCAAGGAGGUGUUGGAAGCGUAUGAUGAGGUACCACCUUGCGUUCCGGAAGUGGAAUGUUACGACUGUCAGCUAUGGAAGUUCUAUAAGAGCAACGGGUCUGAGAUUACAACGACCACAACAACUACUACCACUUCCACAUCAACCUCAGCUACUAGAACGUCGACCUGUGAAACACCGGGAUGGUGGGGUUGCUUGGACAAAACGACCACAAGGACGUCAACAACGACUACCACGACCAGCAUCUCAACUACUACAACUACAACCACAACCUGUAAGACUCCAGGUUGGUUCGGCUGCAAAGACCCCACAACGACGAUCAGCGCCACAAGUAUCUUCCCUUCCGCAACAUCUCCGACGACACCCACCCCUACAUCUACUUGCCACGACCCCGGCUGGUUCGGCGGCUGUCGUGACCCAACAACAACCACGACUUCCGGGCUGAGCCCGACGGUAGAUUCACAGUGGUACAAGAACGUCCCAACGUCUGUCAAGCAUGCUAUUACUGCAGCUCCCAUCAUAUAG